CUCCUGCCUCAGCUUUGCAAAGUAUUGGGAUUGCAGGCAUGAGCCACCAUGCCUGGCCUCCUUGGGGUCCUUUUCUGUCAGUUGGUUUUGAUCUCUCUUCAUGUAGGAGGCAGAGAGAGGCUGUAGGGUCAUGUCGCAGGUAGGAUUGUGGUCCAGUGGCCUUGCUGUGAUCUGGCCGGGGCAAGGAUGUGGACUCAGUGCAGGGCUCAGCAGGCCCAAGAGUGUCAGGGCUGUGGCCUUGUGUCUGUCCAGCACUGAGGGGCAGGAGAGACUUGUCAGGCCUCUGGUGGCCUGGGAAGGAGGAAGGAGAGAGAAGGGAAGGAGUCAGGCCAGGCCCCAGGGCAGUGUUUUCCUGAACAUGACCGGAAACCCUUGGGUCUGAUGGCCAGGGGACCCUUUCUCUCAGUUGGCUGGGCCAGAGCCACCCCUGACCUCCCUCUACUUCCUGCACCCUUACUCCCACCGGGGCUUCUGGGCUCAGCAGACAAAAGCACAGGACACCCAGGUCCAUCUCAGACGAGCAAUGGAUGAUUUGUACGUACAUCCUGUGCGGUAUUUGGGGUACACUAAAAAAAGUCAUUGGUUGUUGAUGUGAAAUUCUGAUUUAACCAGGUGCCCUGUAUUUUCUCUGGCAACCCUGUCCCCUGCGCCCCUCAGCGGUAUCUGGAAAUAUUUUUGGUUAUGAUGGGAUGGGGUACAGGCAAGGGGUGCUGCUCAGCAUCUGGACAGCCCCCACCAUGGAGAAUGAUGAGGCUGAGAAAGCUCCCCAGGCCAGCGCUCUCCUUUGCGGCUAGUCUCCUGGCAGUCUUCCGGUGUGGCAGGGGUUGGGGUGGGCCUGGGGGUCACGUCCCAGCUCAGCUGGUCCUGAGAAGCUGCUUGGUAGACAGUCACCGGCACAGAGGUCUGGAAAGUGCCCUUGACCCCAGAACCUGGGUCCUGUGAGGACAUCCACCCUGUGGGAGGCCAGGGAGUGCUCAGCAGAUGGGGGCAGCAGGGGAUUUCAGCAUGGGUGGGGGUUCCAGCCAAGGCAGGCAGCUGAGCCAGCCCCACCUCAGAGUGCAGGGGCCCUCAGCUUAAUCUUCUCUGGGCUCCACUCUCGACUGAUGGACCCAUGGGGCACCCUGGCCCCACCCUGCCUGUCCUGCCCCAGCUCCUGCCCUUGCCCUGUAGGACUCUGCGGCCUCCCCUGUGCCUGUGUGCCUGGCUUACUAGACCCUGGACCUGCGAUCCCUCAGCUCCACUCUAGUCCCCUUACUUUGUCCCUCUACUCUGCCUGGCGCUGCUCAGCUCCUCCCUGCCUGUCCAGUGCCCAGCACCCUGUGCCCAUGACCUCACAUCUGUCCCUCCGCCCGCGUCCCCUGCUCUCCUGUGUUUUAGUCCAUCUUUGUCUGCUGACCCUAAUGUAGACUUUAAAAAUACAAAUACGUAUGCAUGUAGUUAAAAACUUGCUGAUGUCAGAUGGCUGGGAUGAAAGGAUUGCCUGCUGCCUUCCCUCUUGUAGUGCUCGGACACCUCUGCAGGGGAAGCUCCUUGUUUUUUUUGUUUUUUUUGGUUUUUUUCCCCACUUCUUAUUUGAAAUAAUUAUAGAUUCGUAGGAAGUUGAAAAAAAAAAAAAAAAAAAAAACCUGUGGGAGGAGAUCGCAUAGACCCCUCCCCAGUUCCCCUGAUUGCACACACAGGGCACAUCUGGGGUCUCUGGAUUUGUGUGUCUUACUUUGUGCGUGUGUGCAUGCAUGUGUAUAACUGCAAUUUUCUAAUGUGCAAAUACCUGUGGCCAUGAUCAGGCCCAUGCGGCUUCCUGCUCCUGCCCCUGAAUGGGCACCCCCAACACCCCGAAACCUGUUCUCCAGCUGUAAAAUUGUGUCAUUUCAGGAGUGUCAUAGAUGGAUGCACCGGCAUGUUAUUUUUUGGCCUUACCCUUUUCCCUCACCAUAGUGCCCUCAGAUCUACCCACUUCUGUCCAUCUCCGGCUCCCUGUUCUUGCUGAGAAGUCCCCUGUCGUGUGGUGGCACCUUGAUUCUCCCCUUUUGGCCAUUACUAGUAGAGCUGGCUGCUGUGAGCUUUCGCUGCAGCAGGUUUUGUGUGAACUGCAGUGUUCAUUUCUCAGUGAUCCAUGCCCAGAAGUGAGAGAGCCAGGUCACAGGGUAGUUGCUUGUUUGAUAUUGUGAGGACUUGCACCCUGUCUUCCAGAGGGACGCCCGUUUUGCCUCCACACCAGCAGCAUGCCAGUGACCUGGUUUCUCCUCGUGCUGGCCAGUGUUUGGGUUUGCCACUGCGUCUGUCUGGGACACAUUGCCUGUGUUUCCCUGGUGGCGUGGUGACCUUUUCGCACCACACCUGCGGCUGCCCCUCUGUGCUGUCCUUGCUGUUCCUCCCAUCAUCUUAGCCCCACAUGUGUAAAUGACGUAUGUUCCCCUCCCUUGCCAGUGCUGUUUUUGAUGUCCUGUGACCACUGUCUUGGAGGGCGGGCCAGCUCCACUGGCUGUCACAGCUGGCUAUGCCCACCCUCCCUGCAUCAGGGUCCUCAGUGAGACCUGUGCCCACUGGUUCUGGGUGAUGAGUGUGAACAUUCUCUGUGGCUGCUGGCACGUGGGCAUGACCGCAGGGUAGAGUGAGACUGCAGAGAUGAGGGCAGCAGGCCCCCACUUGGCACCUGAAGCUCUGGGCGGCUGGCAAGGACUGAGCCCUCUUCUGGCUGGAAGGGGCUGGGCCACCAGCUUGUGGGCUCCUCUCUGGCAGGCCCUCUGGGGGUCUUAUUACCUCCCUGUCUCAGCUCUCACCGGUCUGUGAAGCCUUGUGCAGUCCACACCUGCAAUCAACCCUAGCCAUGGAGGUGGCUGCACCCAAGGCUCCAGGAACACUCGGAGGAGGUGUCUGGCUUUCUCCUGGAGUGUGACAGCUCCGUGCAGGGCGCACUGCAGAAGCACCUCGCGCUGUACAGGAUCCGGCGGAAGGUCACGGUGGAGCCGCACCCGGAGCUGCGAGUGUGGGCGGUGUUGCCCAGUUCCCCUGAGGCCUGCGGGAAUGCACCGUUGCAGGAGAGUGCAGGGGCUGCUGCCAUCCUCAUCCGCGACCCGCGAACAGCACGCAUGGGGUGGCGGCUCCUCACCCAGGACGAAGGCCCAGCCCUGGUGUCGGGGGGCCGGCUCGGGGACCUGUGGGAUUAUCACCAGCACCGAUACCUGCAAGGCGUUCCUGAGGGGGUCGGAGACUUGCCUCCUGGGGUGGCCUUGCCGCUGGAGUCCAACCUGGCCUUCAUGAACGGCGUGAGCUUCACCAAAGGCUGCUACAUCGGCCAGGAGCUGACAGCCCGCACCCACCACAUGGGCGUCAUCCGCAAGCGCCUCUUCCCUGUCAGGUUCUUGGACCCCGUUCCUGCCAGUGGCAUCACCCCCGGUGCCACGGUGCUGACUGCGUCAGGACAGACUGUGGGCAAGUUCAGGGCCGGCCAGGGCAACGUGGGGCUGGCCCUGCUGUGGUCAGAGAAGAUCAAGGGUCCUCUGCACAUCAGAGCCUCUGAGGGUGCUCAGGUGGCCUUAGCCGCAUCUGUGCCAGACUGGUGGCCUACAGUCUCCAAGUAGCCCGAAGCCUUGGCUGGUGCAGGCUGAUGGGGAGGCUGGGGCCUGGGGCCUCUGUCCUCUGUCGGGGGUCUUCCCAUUCCAUCUGUCUGCUGUGCUUACUGGAUGGGAGCCCUGGUUCCCAUCUGGGAAAGUCCCCCUUGUAGGUGCCCUGCCUGGCCCCGCCCAUGCUCAAGGGCCCCAGGCACGUGGGUUGUUUUCUCGCUGGGCUUCCUGUGGCCCCAGAGGAGCCCACUGUGUGAGUGCUGAGCUCCAGGUGGCGCUGGGCCCCAAUUGUGGCUCCACACAGGGUUGUCUGGGAGGAUGGGACAGUGUCUGUGGCCAGCACUGGCAGCUUCUGUGCCUUGCACCCCACUCUGCCCGGCAUGAGCCUCAUGGGGGGUUGGUCCCUGUGCCUGGAAGCUGGGCGGUGUCCAGGGUCUGCAGGCUGGGUCUCGGGCUUUGGGAGUUGUUUCACCGUGCUUGUUUCCAGCAUGUCUCAGGGUGGGGUUGUGCGUGGUCUAGAGGGGUCUGGGACAUUGGAUCAGGUGGCAUGUAUGUUUCUGUGCAUGGAGGAGCACACAGGGCUGAGCCACCAGGUAUCCCAUGCUGGAGGCUUGUGGGAGGCUGUGCCCAUUGUCCAUGUUUCCCCACCUCUGUUCCUCCUCAGAGCCCUCCAGGAGCGUGGGGUGGGGCCAGCGCAGGGCUCAAGAGCCAGCAGGGCAGAGUUCUGCAUGUGUGUGCUGGGUUUUGGCACUGCCUGUGUUUGCAGUGAGAGUGACUUGCUGUCAGUCGUGGAGUGCAGCCUCCUGUUCACCCACUGGCUUCCCCCUUCCCACUGAAGUGUGAGCUCCAUGUUUCAGGGCAUUUAUUAAAGAGUGAGCCACAAGCA